AUGGUGGAAGGGGGCAUGAAAUGUAUCAAAUUUAUUAUAUUCGCCUUUAAUUUCUUAUUUGUGAUCGUAGCCUGUGGAUUAAUUGGUCUUGGUUCCUACAUUCAGAUCACUCUCUCCGAGUUCUUCGAUUUUUUCGGCAAUGAAUUUGCCGGGCCAGGGAUAGUGCUGAUUAUAGUGGGUUUGGUCAUAUUUGUGGUGGCAACUUUCGGAUGUUGUGGUGCCUUAAAAGAGAACUACUGCUGUAUUAUGACCUUUGCUGUCCUACUGGGCAUAAUAUUUGUCAUUCAGAUAGCAGCCGGUAUCAGUGGUUUUAUUCUCAGAGAAUCAAUGAGAACAGAAAUUGUAAAGAUUUUAAAAAAUGCAGAGCCUAAUUAUGGUAAAAAUGAUGGCGUUACUAAGACUUGGGAUAAACUUCAAAGAAAGUUUGAAUGUUGCGGUGUAGAUAACUAUACAGAAUGGUUCGAUUAUACUGCUGACAAAUCUGUACCAGAAUCAUGUUGCAAAGAUGCUGAGAGUGCAGCCUGUAAAAACAGGACCCAGACCAUCACUGAUGACGAUUUCUACACUCGGAGUUGUGUAAAAGGUUUUGUUGGUUGGUUACAAGACGAGAUUGGAAUAGUUGGAGGUGCUGGUAUUGGUUUAGCUUUUGUAGAGGUUGUUGGUAUUAUAUUAGCUUGCUGUCUAGCCAUGGCAAUACGUAAAGAAUAUAAAGUCUUGUAAAUAAUGCUGUCAAUUAGAAGUCUGUAUUAAUCCAUCUUCACAAUGUCAAGCUAUUAUCUAUUACGAAUUAAUACCUCGAAACCAUCUGGC